AUGGGUAAGGGCAAGAAGUUCGCAAGGAAAGGCGCCGCCCCAGCCAAUCGAGGACGUUCAAAUUGGACUGAGAUAGUCAAGAGCAAUGAAAAGUAUGAAAGCUACUACAACGAUCACGGGCUCAUUCCCCAAGAAGAGCAAGAGGCUUUCUGGGCUGCCUUGAGAAGAGAGCUCCCUGCUAGCUUUCGCUUCACGGGCUCCCGAGGACAUGCGAUAGCUGUCAAGAAAACACUCGUCGAAUAUCACAUCCCGCAAAUCACCUCCAUCACGUAUGAAGGCAACGUUGUCGAGCCCCCCAAGCCCGUCCCGUGGUAUCCCGAUCAAUUGGCAUGGUUUAUGACGACCCCGAAAAAUGUCAUUCGACGAUUCCCUCCCUUUUCGUCCUUUCAAAAGUUCCUUGUCUCCGAAACAGAGGUCGGCAACAUUACGCGCCAGGAAGUCGUGAGCAUGAUUCCACCUCUAUUCCUCGACGUCAGACCCGGUAUGACGGUGCUUGACAUGUGCGCCGCGCCUGGGAGCAAAUCUACCCAGUUGAUGGAAUUACUACAUGCUGGGGAAGAGGAGAGCGUGCGCAAAGCCGCUGCGGAAAUCGAGCAGGGCACUUACGACCCAUCGCAAAACCCAGAGGGACUGAGAGAUGACGGCCGUACUACUGGCCUUCUCAUCGCCAACGAUAGUGACUACAAACGAGCUCAUAUGUUGAUUCACCAGAUGAAGCGACUCAACUCCCCGAACUUGAUCGUUACAAACCAUGAUGCUACUUUCUAUCCAUCGCUCAAACUUCCCACACCCCCUGGGGACAGACAGCCAAACGUUUAUCUCAAAUUUGAUCGUAUUUUGGCGGACGUUCCUUGUUCUGGAGAUGGAACAACGAGAAAGAACCCCAACAUCUGGUCUGAAUGGAGCCCCAGCAGUGCGCUCGGUCUACACGCAACCCAAAUGCGCAUUCUCGUUCGGGCUCUCCAGAUGCUCAAAGUGGGUGGACGAGUUGUCUAUUCUACAUGCAGUAUGAAUCCAAUUGAGAACGAAGCUGUUAUUGCUGCAGCUAUUGAGCGUUGUGGUGGUCCGGACCAUGUUGAACUUAUCGACUGCAGCAAGGAACUGCCAGACUUGAAGAGAGUCGAUGGAUUGAAUACCUGGAAAGUUCCAGAUCGCGAUAAUCGUAUCUGGAACAGUUGGGAAGAAGUAGAAGAGCACCGAAAGAGCGAAGGGAUUACUGGACUCGGUCGUUUAGCGGCAAGCAUGUUCCCACCGACAGAAAACUUGCAUCUCGAGCGCUGCAUGCGUGUGUAUCCUCAUUUACAAGACACUGGUGGCUUCUUUAUUACAGUUCUAGAGAAGAAGACAGAAAUCAGAGCCAAGCCAGAGGAUUCGACAAAGGUCAUUCCCAAAGCCUCUGUUGCCGCCGUUCUUGAGGAGUUGGACCAAAGGAACCGUAACGGUAAUGGUGGAUUUAUGGACAAGAUCGAAGCGCUCGAUGAUAUUGUGCCCCAUAGUGAGGGAACAAGUCUAAAAGACGCUACAAUAGCUGAAUCAUCCCACCAACCCCCAUACAAAGCAACCUUGGAUGAACCAGCUUCGAAUAAACGAUUGGCUCCUGAAAUUGAAACUCAAAUGCCGGUCAAACGUACAAAGCUUGAAGACGGCACAGAAGUUUUCAUGGGUGAUCGACCAGUCCACUAUCCUCCUCCAUCUGCUGUCGAAGACCUGGAAGAUACCACCGAUUUCUCACGCGCAGAAGAGCCCAAGCCGAAUCCCAACGCUAAGGCGUCGAAGAAAAAGCCGGGACAGCCGUUUGAGGAACCAUUCACCUUUAUCGAUGGCCAACAAGAGGAGGUUGCAAAUAUCUUCAAAUUCUUCAAUAUUUCCGAUCGGUUUCCCCGGGACCGAUUCAUGGUACGAAAUGCGGCGGGCACUCUCAGCAAGACUAUUUACUACACCAGCGCACUGGCGCGAGACAUCCUAACCGAAAACCAGGGACGAGGAAUCAAGUUUGUACAUGCAGGAGUAAAGAUGUUCGUGAAGCAGGAUGCUCAGCGACAGAAUCAGUGCCAAUGGCGCAUCCAGACUGACGGUCUGCAACUAGUAGAGACCUGGGUCGGACCUGAGCGUGUAGUGAUAUUGACCAAGAAGGAAACACUACGAAUUCUAUUGAAGGAGUUGUUCCCUCGCUUGGACAAGGAUAAUUAUCUGCGUUUGGGAGAAGUGGGUGAGAGAAUCAAAGACAUGGAUCUUGGGUGUUGCAUAAUGAGAGUCGAGCCAACUGAAGGUGAAGAUGGAUUCCGUGAGCGAAUGGUCGUCCCUCUCUGGCGAUCAUUGUACUCCGUCAACCUCAUGCUACCCAAGGAGGACCGCCGCGCCAUGCUUCUCCGAAUUUUCAAUGACACCGAGCCCGUCGUUCACAUGCUACCCGCCAAAAAUGCAGCUGUAGCUGAUGGUGAAGCCGAUACAACUGAGAUGAGUGAUAUCGCCGGAGAUGCUGUAACAGCCACAACGGACCCAGAGAUGGUGUCCGAUGUCAUUUCCGCUGGCAAGACAGAGGAAGAGAUAAUCAAAAACGAAAACCUCAUCCGUGGCGAGGAACAGGAAGAACUUGUCACGAAAAGGGAGACGUAUCAGCUCGAUGGCGAUGAAGAGGAUCGAUUUAAUACGACGGUUUAG